AAAAAUGUCAAACAGCAACAAAAGUAAUUUUAAUCCUGUCUAACAAUUUGACAGUUGUCAUACAGAAUAUAAAAUGAAAGUGCGAAGGUCAAACUAUCACCGUGAAAGAUAUUUAAGGCAGUUUUUUGCCACGCCUCCAAACCGCCAUUGGUGUUUUGACUACAUUCGUAGUCAAGAAAUCCUAGUGAAUACAAAAAGUGGUGGGGUGAGAACAUUUGAAAAGCAAUUUGGUACACGUAUCUCCCGGUUGACUAAACGCCUCAAAGAUAGAGAGCGCUUGCGUCGCGCGAAAAUCAAAAACGAUAAUAUGGUCAUUGAUCAGAUUGCUGCAUGUCCCAGCUCGGAAAUCUCUGAAUUGGGUUCUGUGUAUGAGUAUUAUGAUGUCGAACAGGAGAAUUUACGUACAGGGGUGCAGAUGGUUCGUGAUGUGGAGUCGGAUUUUGAUCUGCGUGUACAGGCAAAGAUUUGGCGUUUUUUCAAACCGAAAAAUAUUGGUAAAAGGAAAGUCGUGCGCAUUAUAGGUGUUUGGGAGGUUAUGUACGAGGAGCAUAUGUUGCAGAAGUUAAAAGUGUGGUAUACAAGGAAGGAACUGCGGAAAUCUCAUGAAGCGAAGUUUACUCAUAGAUGUAAAGAGUUUUUUCGGAAAGCAAUGAUGCAUGGGAGGAGUAAUAUUGUCUUGACCAAAACAGAAUUUUAUCUAUGUUUACUUUUGUAUGAGUUUAACAUGUCACAGUUGGUUAGUUUUGGUCACGCCUUCAAUAUAGGUGGUAUUGGUGCUGCUGUAGUAAUUUACUUCCUGGUCUCCACCCUGGUCCAAAUGCCUUUCAACAUGUGGAUAAUCUCAAUGGUAUCCUAUUCAGGUUCACUAUCACUCCGCCUAUUUUCCGACUGCACGCCCCUUGUAUCCGCCAUUCGAUACCCCAUAUUCCUUGCGUUUGUAAUCGCUGAAUCACGACGCUUAAUCAAUUUUGAAGCGGUGGUCAAAUUUCUGUACCUCACUCUUGUAAAAAACACCGUCUGGCAGAACUGCACCUUCCCGUCGGCUAACGAAUACUGUGUUCCCUUCCACACUCAAUCUGAACACAACGUGCGCUGUUCUGAGCCGCGCACGCGCGAUGCAAACUAUGAGUUUUUCUCGACGCAGUUCUUCGUGCAGUACGACGUGUUUCACGUGGGUAAUGUAGGCAAUGAAAUCAAGGAAGAUGUGAAAUACUGGGGUGAUCCAGCUGGGAAAUAUUAUGGUCCUGCGCUUGGUAUUUUCAGUUUUAUUAUUGCAUCGAAUGGGAUUGGUAUGUUGAAGAAAAUCACGAUUAAAGCACAGAUUAUGGUGAUAUUCCUCGCUGGUAUUUGUGUGCUUACUGUUACCAUUAAUCGAUUGCAAUCGUUGGAUAGAUUUGUGUGGAAUUAUACCGCUAUCACCGUCAAGUUUGUGGUGAAUUUUAUUUCGUUGAGUCUGCAAACAAAUAGUCUGCCAAUUUUGAUGUGGUUGGCUUCAAUGAAACCGCCGGAUUUGAAUCCUGCCACUUGCAGUGUGGUGCAUCAAGCUAUCAAGUUUUCUGUGUUAAUGAUUAUGAGCAUGACUUAUUCUGCGUUGGCAUUUGAUAUUGCAAGCAGGUAUAAUAUGGCAAAUAUUGAAUGUUUUACACUUGAAGGUUAUGACAUCGUCUUCACAAUGGUACCGGACUUCUUCUCGACAUUUCGCUUUUCUGCAAUUUGGCAAAUGACCUGGCUCGUUUGUAUGGUGCUAAUUUCCGUAAUAUACUCAGUAUAUAUGAUCCUAGCCGCAUCAGACUCCCUCAUUCAAAUAAUCCCUAAUGGAAAUUCAUACGCCACGCUUUUCAUGUUUCUAGUCACACUGACUGUAAUCGGUUUCCGGCUCAUCAAUUGUUUUCCCUACGUGUAUCAAACGCUAAUGGCGUUUGAACUGCGUGGCUUAAACUACAUCAAUAAUUUCAAUUUCGGUGUGGUUGUCAUUUGUAUUUACUUCAUAUAUAAACCAUUUCGAUUGAGUCAUGAAUACGAAGUGGUUUUCGGGAGUAAACCGGCCAAGUUUUGGAUUAUUACAUGGCAUUAUAUGAUAUUUGUUGCGAUGUUUGUGCUAAUUUUGACCGCCAUUGAUUUAGUGGCGCUGGAGACUCACAUUAUUGCACAGUACAUCAUAGCAGGUAUUUUUAUACUGUGUGCAUUAUGGUUAUUAUUUCUUAAUUGCAUUAAAUUGGCAUACAGGGGAAUAAAAAACAAGAAUUUAAGUGAUUUAUGUUUUCCAACUCGUCGAUGGGGACCAACCACCCAAGACCAACGUGAACACCAACGCCGCCUGGAACGAAAGAAACACCUACAGAUCCGCUACGACUGCCGUCACAAAUGCUUCAUCAAAGCCAAACAAUUCCAAACAAUGCUUGAGCGUCAAAACGUUCGCUUAAAAAAAGUCGAACAACUGAAAUCAUCCGGUGCAUACGCCUGGUACAUCAAAGAAACCGUCCUCAAAGAAGAAACAGUGCAAUUCUUCAAUACCAGCAUCACCGAAGAAUAUUAAUUAAUUAUACAUACACAUUUACAUGGUUUUCUAUUUAUUUAAUAAUAAUAUACACAUCUAACAUAUU